AUGAGGCGCACGGUGGAAACCCGCAUCAAGGGGCACAGGAGGGGUUACCCAGAGAAAUCAAUGAUAGCAGAACAUUGCAUUCACAACGGCCAGAGGAUUGACUUUGACGGCACAAAACUACUGUUAAGCGCCAGUAGCUUAUGGGACCACCUGGCAAAGGAAGCCAUUGAAAUAAAGCCAGUGGAGAAGAAUUUUAACAAAGACGAAGGUCUCACUCUAAUCUGCUGCGCUGAGGCCGGGGACCCGACCACAGGGGUAGGGCUGAGGGAGGGUGUAGACAGCAGGGGUAGGGAUGACCGAGGUUUAGACCAUGGGGACAGGGAUGAGCGAGUUUUAGGCUUCAGGGGCAGGUCUAAGAGAGAGUUAUUAUACAGGGGCAGGGCAGAGAGAGGGUUAUUGACCAGAGACAGAGCUGAGAGUGGAUCAGUGCACGAGCAGGGCAGAGAGUGGCUUAUACCACAUAAUUUUAUUUUAAAAUAUUUUCAGGGUACCGGGGGUAUUUGUCUGGAGUGGCACCCUCUCCCUAUCCAGCUUUCCUGGUUCCACUGUCCCCUGAGGAAGGGAGUUUCAAAGUCCUGGCCUCUGCACCUCGCUUUCUCUGACUGCAUCCCUUCGCUGCUACCCAAAUGUACUUCUGGACGGGACGGUUUGCCUGUCCAACAGUCAACGUUUCAGGACGAGACACUUCACCUGCUGAGCUCAUCCGACAAGGUUCUUUUGAAGACCCUGACCUGGAGUUACUCGCUGACUUCGGUUCUUUGCGGGAAUGGGACCCGCUCUCGGGGUUUCACAACUGGCUGUUACCCGACACGCCAAGGGCGCGGCCUAGGAGUUUGGCUCGCCUUUGGAGGCCGAGGAUCUGGGGCUCUGGAGACGGGCCGAUCGAAGGCCGGUGUGUCGUGGGAGCUGGAAGAUCUUUGGGCACAGAGCUCAGAAAAAGCGAUGCAACGGACUUUUAACACCAUAAAUCAGCGAGUUGUUUGUUAUGUCUCCUCUCUCACUGUGAAAUGGAGACAACUCUUUCUCCCUUAUUAGGGAGAGAGAGAGCCUGUGGUGUGUCGAAUACCGGGUGAACGCGUAGUCUUCGGACUAACUGCAAGUCUGUGUCUUUGCCGUUGCUUUGCUCACGCUGAUUGCUUGGU